AUGUCAUUAAGCUACCAGAAAUUUCUGCUCUUUGGCGACUCGAUCACAGAGUUCGCGUUCAAUACUCGUCCCGACGAAGAAGCUGGGGAUCAAUUUGCCUUGGGGGCUGCUUUGUGCAGAGAUUACACGAGGAGGUUGGACAUCAUCCAAAGAGGAUUCAGUGGUUACACUUCCCGCUGGGCUCUCCACUUACUUCCCAAAAUCUUAGAAAAUGAGCGUUCCAGUGAGAUUGUGAUGAGCACCAUAUUUUUCGGUACUAAUGAUUCUGCUUCAGCUGGUAAGCAGCGCGUAGACUUGCCUGAAUUUACCGAGAACAUAACGAAGAUGGUGCACAUGCUCAAGGAAAGAAUGAUCAAGCCCAUUUUAAUCGGACCAGCGCUUCACGAUAGAGAGCGGUGGACUGCUUUGAAGCCAGACCAAGUCGACCAAGGCAUCUUACGCUCCAAUGAGAAUAACAAGAAAUACUCUGAGGCCCUUCAACGAAUAGCCAUAGAGGAAGAAAUCCCUUUUGUCAAUCUAUAUGAGGCUUUUAAGACCCAGGGAGGGGACCGGUGGCAAGAACUUCUAUGUGAUGGAGUUCACUACUCGGGAAAGGGCUAUAAAGUGUUUUAUCAUGAGCUUCUCAAAGCUAUUCGAUCGGCAUUUCCUGAGCUCGCACCAGAAAAUAUUGCCUACAAGCUUCCUGGCUGGAGAGAUGUAAAGGAAGAUGGUUCGGACCUUAUGCAACUGUUAAAGGGAUCCGACUUGUGA